UCUCGGCGCACACAGCCGGACUCCGCGCUCUUCUCGCCGGCCGCCCUGGGAACCGUCGGCCGCCGCCGCCCAGCCUGCACCCGCCGUCCCCCCGGGGCCGGGGCACCUGUUGGACGCUCGUUGACAGGUGCCGGGGGCUGGACCGGGCGUGAGGCCAGGGGUACUGCAUGAGGGGCCGCAGGGGCGACCGCAUGGCCAUCAACAUCCGGGAGCACAUGGCCAUCAACGUGUGCCCUGGGCCCAUCCGGCCCAUCCGCCAGAUCUCUGAUUACUUCCCCCGCCGGGGACCAGGACCCGAAGGGGGGGGCGGGGCCUAUGGGGAGACCCCGGCUCGCCUGGCGCCCCUGGCCCUGGGCUCGCCAGCGGCCCUCCUUGGGGCCACCACGCCUGAGGACGGAGUGGAGGUGGACAGCUAUGACUCGGACGAUACCACUGCCCUGGGCACGCUGGAGUUUGACCUUCUCUACGACCAGGCCUCCUGCACUCUGCACUGCAGUAUCCUCAGGGCCAAGGGCCUCAAGCCCAUGGAUUUUAAUGGCCUUGCCGACCCCUACGUCAAGCUGCACCUGCUACCUGGAGCCUGCAAGGCCAAUAAGCUGAAAACCAAGACUCAGAGGAACACGCUGAACCCUGUGUGGAACGAGGACCUGAGGUACAGCGGCAUCACGGACGACGACAUCACCCACAAGGUGCUCAGGAUCGCCGUCUGUGACGAGGACAAACUGAGCCACAAUGAGUUCAUCGGGGAGAUCCGCGUGCCCCUCCGCCGCCUCAAGCCCUCAGAGAAGAAGCAUUUCAAUAUCUGCCUCGAGCGCCAGGUCCCGCUGGCCUCACCCUCUUCCAUGUCGGCGGCGCUGAGGGGCAUCUCCUGUUACCUGAAGGAGCUGGAGCAGGCUGAGCAGGGCCCCGGCCUGUUGGAGGAGCGCGGCCGGAUACUGCUGAGCCUCAGCUACAGCACUCGGCGCCGGGGGCUGCUGGUGGGCAUCGUGCGCUGCGCCCAUCUGGCUGCCAUGGACGUCAAUGGCUACUCUGACCCCUACGUCAAGACGUACCUGAGGCCAGACGUGGAUAAGAAAUCUAAGCAUAAGACAUGUGUGAAGAAGAAGACUCUAAAUCCAGAAUUUAAUGAGGAGUUUUUCUAUGAGAUGGAACGCUCUGCUCUGGCCACCAAGACCCUGGAGGUCACGGUCUGGGACUAUGACAUCGGCAAAUCCAACGACUUCAUCGGUGGUGUGUCCCUGGGGCCGGGAGCCCGGGGGGAGGCCCGGAAACACUGGGACGACUGUCUGCAGCAGCCGGACACAGCACUGGAGCGCUGGCACACCCUGACCAGUGAGCUGCCCCCCGCGGCUGCCCUGCCCUCGGCCUGAGCAGGCGACAGCCCCCAGCCCUCGCCCGGGCUCAGCAUUGCACGUUUACACGGGGUGGGUGGCCCCUGCCCCGCACUUCCUGUCUUAUCUUGUGAGAUUCUCUGCGACCGUGGGCCUGUCUUCUCCUGAGGGACUGUGGAGAUCUAUAUUCACAUAUGCAAACCUCCUCCUGCCUGACUUGCUACUAUAUGCAAAUAUGCAAACCACUGUCCUUGUCCUCAGCGCCCCCGCCCCAGGCCUGGCUGCUGCUCCUCCCUCCCGCCUCUCCAGGCUGCUCGUCCCCCUCCCGCCCAGGGAGGAGGUCGGAUUGGGGGGGGUUCGGAGGAGGAGAACAUUUCCCACGAAGGAACGACAAGAAAUAGAAAAGAGCCACCUCUUUAAUAUAAUAGAGUCUUCGUUAACAAAACUAGCCCUGUACAGCUGCCCACUUAAAGGGGUGCCCACUGCAGGGGCUCUGCCUCCUGAGGGGUGGCAGUUGCUCCCUGGCACUCCUUUACUAAGUGUCCCCUGGAUGGGGCCGGGAUGUGGGACAGGGCUUGCCCUCCCUGGUGAGGGGCCCGCCUUCCCAGGGGACAUCUGUGCAUGUUUACGCCUUUUCUGAUUGUGUCAGUGGCCGAAGCAUGGCAACUGGGUGUCAAUAAAUGCC